GAUAUUUCAUUCAUUUGGAGCUUCCUUUUCUUUCUGUCGUUUAUGGAUAUCUAUAUACGGGCGGUCAUCGUUGAAGAUUUCCGUAUAAAUUAUUAAAUGAAGGUGCUAUAAGCGUUGAUUUUAUGAAAAAGCUGUAGGUUAUAAAUUGUUAAAUAAUGAUCUUACUCGAGAUCAAUAAUAGAAUUAUAGAAGAUACUUUAACAGUUAAAUAUAAAAAUGCACUGGCGCGCUUAAAGCCAGAGUCAAUAGAUGUGAAAGUUGCAGAUUUUGAUGGAGUACUCUUUCAUAUAUCCAAUGUGAAUGGAGAUAAAACCAAAGUUAGGGUUAGUAUAUCAUUGAAGUUCUACAAGCAGUUAGAAGAACAUGGAGCAGAUGAGCUUCUCAAAAGAGUAUAUGGACCACUCCUCACUGAGGCAGAGUCAGGUUACAACAUCUCUUUGUUACUCGACUUGGAGAACAUUCCCGACGACUGGGAAGACGUCGUGAAAAAGGUCGGUCUUCUAAAGAGAAACUGCUUUGCGUCAGUUUUCGAACGUUACUUCCGGCUGCAAGAAGAUGGCGAUGUCAGCCAUAAACGCGCCGUUAUCAACUACCGACAGGACGAGACGUUAUACGUGGAAGCGCAAGAAGACCGCGUGACAGUAGUGUUCUCUACGGUGUUCCGACACGAGGAUGACAUGGUUAUUGGGAAGGUGUUCAUGCAGGAGCUCAAGGAGGGCCGGAGAGCAUCGCACACCGCGCCGCAAGUAUUGUUUUCACAUAAGGAACCGCCCUUAGAACUAAUGGACACGGACGCGAGAGUAGGCGACAAUAUCAGUUAUGUUACGUUUGUGUUGUUCCCGCGGCACACGUGCUCGGCGGCCCGCGACAACACGAUCGACCUGCUGCACAUGUUCCGCGACUACCUGCACUACCACAUCAAGUGCUCCAAGGUGUACGUGCACUCGCGCAUGCGCGCCAAGGCCGGCGACCUGCUCAAGGUGCUCAACCGCGCGCGUCCCCAGAACACCUCGCGCCCCACCGAGCGCAAGACUAUCACUGGAAGAACAUUUGUGAGGCGAGACUGAGUGUUGCGCGCCGGCGGGACGUAGGCGCCGACCACAGCUCAGCUGUCACUAGUUACGUUCUCCAGCUAACGCCACCACUCCGGUAACAUCUCCCUGCAGGACACUACCACACGGGAGAACUACCCACUUCAUACAAACUGCCCACAUUCACCCGCGAAUUAAACAUUGUAAGUCACACCUAUAUCAACCAGAGAUAUUAUUCGAGUGGACGCGUUACCCACGAAGAAACUCCGACAAUGUGCGUAUUUCAUAUUAUCCAAGUUAAAAUGGAAUGACAUAUAAGAUAGUUAUUUAUUAAAAUAAAUUGUUUGUUUGAUUCAAACGUCACAAAGUACUUAUUCUUAAAAUCAUCUUGAUGCCAUUUCUAAAACAAAAUUGCCAAAUAAACACAGUUGUGCUCAAUGUCUUGUGUACUGCCCAUCGACGUUUUAUAUUAGCAAAAGAAAUGUGCACAUUGUAUUUAUCAUAGAUAUUUAUUGUCAACUCUUCAAGCAUAGCGUUAAAGUCAAUAAAUAAUGUUGCCGUAGUUCUUGUUGAUAACAAAAUUAUGCUUUAUUAUUACAAGAGUUCUAUUUAUAGCGAUGGCACUGCGGCAUCCAAAACUUGGGUUCCUAAAAUGUUAGAAUACACCCUCAUUACAUUGUUACGCGUUAGAUAAACGUAGUGUCCAUCGAGAGCGAUCUUGUCUUGUAGCUUACGUAAUUUUGUUGUAAGUUAUGACAUUACCAAUCCUCAUGUAGGAUAAAGUGUAUUAUAAAAUCUAGCCUAUACUUACCGUUUCGGUUGACAAACUUGUAAAAAUGUAUAUCACUGAAAUAUCGAGACAGGUAUCAUGCACAAAACUCGUACGAAUUAUAUUCAAUUAAUAAUUUUUACGCCACUCCUAUGUUUAGUUUAAUAAUGCUACGCAAUAUAUACGAACAAUAAUUUUAAUAAGAGUUUCACCUUUAUGUUUUAGGUAGGUCCGAUUCAAUUAUAAUGUAAGUGAAAGUGUAUAGUAUUUCUCAAUAGAUUCUUCCAUAGUCAAAACGAACUCUAAGAAAUCAUAAUGGCCUUAUUUAUGAUAAAGGUUGAGUUCAAUUUGCAAUUUGUUUACGAGGCCGCCGCGUGUCGGUGCUUCGAAUCGAUAGAGUCGCUAGUUUAGAACAUGAUACACUAUGUAUCUAACGUUGUAAGUGCAAUUCGAUUGUUUACACACCACUUUCUUUUAUUCCAAAUUGCAUUUUUAGUUUUAGGCAGAGAAUAAAAACUCUAUAAAAAUACUUAUUUCUAGCAAAAAUUUAUUCACGAUUUAAGACUAUUUUGAGUAUAGUUAGUUUCGUCCCAUAGCUAAACAAAACACUUCUCAUUCGACGCAAGUUUGUAUUGUGUUCGUAUCAUAUUUGCACCAACAUCAAUAAUUGCUCAAAGUAUUGUGAACACCAAGAGGCGUGGAUAUCGAGUGAACAAUAGAACAACUUGCAUUACGGGAGAUGAUGCGAUGUCUAGUGUUUAAGAUACGAUUAAUAAAUUAUUACCUGUGUCUGGAUGAGAGUGGUAAAGUUAUAUUGAGUCAAGGACUGAGAGGUUAGGCUAUCUAAAGUGUGUCGAGUCAGUGGGAUUACAAUAAAAUUUUAAUAUAAUACACUAAGUCAGAAAAUGAAAUGUUAGUGACAUUCAACCUGAAAUUAAUUUGAAGGUUCUCAAAGCAACAUUGAAUAUAAUUAAGAAGGAGCGUAAUACAAGUAUGUAGAACGAUUUAACUAUUUAAUAAAACUUAGCUAACUUGAAUUUAUGUAAUUUUUAUUUGCAAGAUGUAUUAUUUAUGUAUUAUAAAGUGUAAGUUAAAUGUUGCUUUAAAGUUAUUGCUUACAUUGGACAAUUAUUGUUUUUACUGUCAGUUUUAAUGCGAGAUUAUGUAAACAGCGCAGAAUACCGAAGUUAUUUGUGAAUAUGUAAUUAUUCUUGUGAUUUAAAAUCCGUUUAUACUGUAUUUUUUAUUUUCUAGAUUAAAGAAAACUUACUGCAUUUUAAA